CCAAGCUUCAUGUUAGUUAUUGUACAGCGUGUCCGAUUUACAAACGAAUGAAUGAAUCCUCACGCACAGCACAUGCCACCACGCACCCCGACCCCAAAGCAACCAACCAACGGCGAAACCACUAGCUAGUUAUCCUCCGGCCCCAGCUCCGCCCCACACCCGUCAUCCAUGUCUUCGUCCACAUCCCCUCCGUCAUCGCCAUGCAUGUCAGGCGCCACAACCACAGUGGCGUCCUCCUGCGGCUGAUGCACCUCCUCACCCACACGACCCUCGCUCACAACGGUCAACGGGCCACCCUCAUCUGGAACCACCAUGUCAUGCGGCUGCUGCUGCUGCUGGUGGUGGUGGCCAUGCUCGACGACGGCGCUUCUAGUGUCGGGGGGCGGCAGCUGCUGAUCUUGCGGAUGGUGCUGGUGCUGGUGGUGGGGGUAGCCGUUGAUGCUGGGUGGGGUGUAGGUGCCGCCACCGGCCCCGCUGCCUUGCUCGGUGUGGUCAUCGAUGAAUCGGAUAAAGUCCAAGAUCUGCGGGAACUUCUUGCCGGCGUAGUGAAUGGCGGCCUCGCCGCGAUACAUCCACGCCUUGUACUCACGCCGCACGCCAUCCUUCCCCCUCAUGAAGUAAGAGGCCGUGUCCAUGGCUGCACUCACACACGCACACAAGCAUGGCAAGCAUGGCAUGGAGGCAGACAGCGCGCGAUGCGAUGUGCGUGGUGUGGACAGACAAGUGUGUGUUAGUUGCUGAGAUCCCUCCCUCCCUCCAGACUACGUACGUGAGGAUGAGUUGAUUUGUGGCUGCGAUGCGAUAGACGUCUCGUGGGAGGGGGCGGCAGCCAUCGACGGGGGCAUGGGGGGCGGGGGGAACAUCAGCCCGCCUGUGGGCAGGGGGGGCGGCUCUGGCAGAACCGAAAACUGAUCACCUACACAGAGUAAAACAACACAAGCACACAAACCACGAUAGUCCAUCAGGUCAGAGUGCCGUGAACUGCGUCGUGUUCUCUCAUCUCAGCCGUGCUUACCUUCCUUGGUGGUCUCGCCGAAGAUGUCUUCAUCGGUGAGGUCCCCACUGCCCGGCCCGCUGGUGGCCCAGAACCUCGCAGGCAGUGUCAGCACCGGUCCCCUGCCGUCUUGCUGCCCCUGCUCGCCGACGUCGUCCUUGCCCAGAUCUGCCCAUCCCAUAGCUGACGAUGAUGCCGGCUCCUCCUCUGACGAUGGGAAGAGGCUGUCAGGUAUGUUGAUGCUCACGGAUGCGUCAGCUGGAGGCUCGUGUUGGUCGCUGGCCGCGGCGGGAUGAACGCCUUGCUGCCUUUGUGUGCUGUUGUCGAAUGGGCUGCGCUGGGGUGCGGGGAUGAAGUCAUCGUCGUCGUCGUCUUGUUCUGUGCGUGUGGAAGCCACUGGGUGUUCGUUGAUCAGCACUGCGUGCUCCUGAUCUGAUGGCUGCUGGGUGACACGAGAUGAUGCGCCUUCUUCAUCCAUUUUGCUGUUCUUC